AUGGCUAUUCAGUUGAGUCAUUUUUCUUCAUCCUCAACCACUUUCUCUUCUUUUGAUCACAAGAUAUCGUAUUUCUCGAAAUGGGUUACUGAUAUUCAUUUUAGAAGACAACUACGAAAUAAUUUCGAGCUCAAAUCCACAAAUGGGUACCCUCUUAAUGCAAUUCCUAUGCAAGAUGAAGGUUCAGUUGCAAAAACUCUGGGGGAGGAAGUACCUUUUCCGGAGUUUGGAGAGGCAAAUUCUAUGCUUAGUAUAACUGUUGUUGGUGCAUCGGGGGACCUUGCCAAGAAGAAAAUUUUUCCAGCUCUUUUUGCUCUUUAUUAUGAGGAUUGGCUACCUGAGAAUUUUGUCGUUUAUGGUUAUGCUCGGACUAAGAUGACGGAUGAAGAGCUGAGAAACAUGAUAAGCAAAACCUUAACUUGCAGAAUUGAUAGAAGAGAGAACUGUCAAGACAAAAUGGAAGAGUUUCUGAAGAGAUGUUUUUAUCACUCGGGUCAAUAUAAUUCUGAGGAACAUUUUCUAGAGCUGAAUUGCAAACUAAAAGAACGAGAGAGCGGUAAACUAUCAAACAGGUUAUUUUAUUUGUCCAUACCUCCAAACAUAUUCGUGGAUGUGGUAAGAUGUGCUAGCACUAAAGCUUCUUCAGCAACUGGAUGGACGAGGGUUAUUGUUGAAAAGCCAUUUGGUCGUGAUUCAGAGUCCUCUAGAGAGCUGACCAAAUGUCUAAAGCAGUACCUGACCGAGGACCAAAUAUUCCGAAUUGAUCAUUAUUUGGGGAAGGAGUUAGUGGAAAAUUUAUCAGUGCUCCGUUUUUCAAACCUUGUAUUUGAGCCUCUUUGGUCAAGAAACUAUAUACGUAAUGUUCAGUUCAUAUUUUCUGAAGAUUUUGGUACAGAAGGAAGAGGGGGAUAUUUUGACAAUUAUGGAAUUAUCCGAGACAUAAUGCAAAAUCAUCUACUACAAAUAUUAGCUUUGUUUGCAAUGGAGACGCCUGUCAGCCUCGAUGCUGAGGAUAUUAGGAACGAAAAGGUCAAAGUUUUGAAGUCGAUGAAGCAACUGCAGCUUGAAGAUGUGGUUGUUGGUCAAUAUAAGGGCCAUAGCAAGGGUGGUAAAUCAUAUCCUGGGUAUAUAGAUGACCCCACUGUGCCAAAGGACAGUGUUACUCCAACUUUUGCAGCAGCGGCACUCUUUAUUAAUAAUGCUCGCUGGGACGGGGUUCCUUUCCUCAUGAAAGCAGGCAAAGCUCUCCAUACUAAGCGAGCCGAGAUCAGAGUUCAGUUCAGACACGUUCCAGGUAAUCUGUACAGGCGUAACUUUGGAACUGAUGUGGACAAGGCUACAAAUGAGCUAGUCCUUCGCCUACAACCAGAUGAAGCCAUAUAUUUGAAAAUCAACAACAAGGUUCCCGGUCUAGGAAUGAGACUGGACCGCAGUGACCUCAACCUAUUUUACAAAACAAGGUAUACGCGGGAAAUACCAGAUGCUUAUGAGAGACUCCUCUUAGAUGCUAUAGAAGGAGAACGGAGAUUAUUCAUUAGAAGUGAUGAGCUCGAUGCUGCAUGGGCUCUAUUCACACCAUUGUUGAAGGAAAUUGAAGAAAAUAAAAUCAUGCCGGAGCUAUACCCUUAUGGCAGUCGAGGACCAGUCGGAGCACAUUACCUUGCUGCAAAACACAAUGUUCGAUGGGGUGAUCUUAGUGUUGACGGCCUUUUCUUGCCGGCGUUUGCCGCCGGAAAAAUCUGCUUGGAUGGUUUUCUGCUUCUAUAUAGCAGUUCGUUAAGCAAAAAAUUUAAGGAUCAGAAAAGAUUUUGGUGGUCUGGGUUCGAAGUGUUACUUAGUGUGAUUCAAAUCUGA